AUGAGUGAAACCGAAAUGGCCAACCACGAUCCCGAAGAGAUAUACAACCUGCUCGAAAAGCUUGGAACUGGCUCUUUUGGAACUGUUUAUAAGGCCAUAAAUAAAACAACAAAUGAAGUUGUCGCUAUAAAACAAAUUGACUUGGAAGAAUCGGAUGAUGAUAUAAGUGAAAUACAGCAAGAAAUAGCAUUACUAUCAGCAUGUGACUCGCCAUUUAUCACUCGUUAUCAUGGCUCAUUUGUCAAAGGAUACAAAUUAUGGAUAGAACUUUUAUAUGGUUUAGAAUAUUUACACAUUGAGGGGAAAAUUCAUAGGGACAUUAAAGCCGCCAAUAUUUUACUUUCUGGAGAAGGAAAGGUGAAACUAGCCGAUUUCGGUGUUGCUGCUCAACUUUCAAAUAAUAAAAGUAGAAGAAAUACUUUCGUUGGAACACCUUUCUGGAUGGCACCAGAAGUUAUCCGACAGGCGGGUUAUGACCAUAAGGCGGAUAUUUGGUCACUUGGAAUUACGGCAAUUGAAAUGGCUAAGGGUGAACCACCUUUAUCAGAAUAUCAUCCAAUGCGUGUACUAUUUUUAAUUCCAAAGGCUAAACCACCAGUGUUGGAAGGAAAUUUUUCUAGUGCAUUCAAAGAUUUUGUAUCACAAUGUCUGAUAAAAAAUCCUCAUGAUCGGCCUAGUGCAAAAGAUUUGUUAAGACAUCGUUUCAUGAGGCACACACACACUACAGCGAAACUACAAGAAUUAGUUGAACGAUAUAAAGAGUGGAAAGCAAAGGGUCCACAAAGACCAGAAUCCAUGUUUAAUGAUAGACCGAAAUCGUCACGCAGAGUGUCUUUCGCAUCUUGGGACUUUGAAACAAUAAGACAAGCAAAUAUUGAUGGUUCACUUAAUUUGGAUUCGGCAACUUUAAGAGAUUUGAGAAGAUUAUCUUCGAGAAACUCUUUCAUCGAAAGUCCAACGAAUGAAAGACCUAUACAAGAGACGAUAAAUGAUGAUGCAAAUGAUGCAACUGAUACGACUGGUACAAUUAAUGGAAGAAAUAUGGAACAAGCCAAUCAAGUAAAUCAAACUGAAGAAGAAACAUCAUCUAACAUUAUAUUGGAGGAUAAUAAACCUUGA